AUGGAGGAAGACAGUUUCUUUGACCAGUUCGGGUACCGAUCCCAGUUCAGCACCAUGGACGAUAUGCAAGAAGCUGGUAUUGGUGCUGGUGACAUAGAGGCAGAACUAAACGCCCAGCCACUUGCUGGCUACAUGCCUGGACACAGUGCUGUUCCUCAGGAGACAUCCACGCCUUAUGAGCCAAGGGCCACUUUCAAUACCUGGGACAUCGACCUUUCUCCGGAUCAACAAUUUCACGACAACGUCGGUACUCACUACGCUCUGUCUGCAGGCUCAAUUGACGUGAACUUGCGCGGCACCAUUCCGACGCCGUCUGUACAUUCCACCCCAUAUGAUCGCAUCCAUGGCAUGGUCAACCUGCAUCAGUCACAAGCUCGGCCGACCCAGGCCUUCAUGCUACCGCCUACCACGUCUCUACGACCCCCGAAUGCCACAAGAGACUCUGGCUACGUUAGUCGAACAAUAAACCACGACGCAUACUCUUACGAUCGGGGUUCAAGCCGCAGCCUAUAUCGGGACGACUCGCAUCUGGGGGCUGCCAGCAUUCCUGACACUGCAACGGUACUGUCCGACGAUUCAAUGUCGCAGCAGGCUGGUCAAGAUCAGUCUGCACGCUCUGCAACAGUUGGUCAGCAAAGGUGCUCAUGGGUAGACUGCGGCAAGGUCUUUCCGAACUCCUCAAGUCUCAAGAAACAUAUCGCGAGCCACAAAAAGGCAUUCAACUGUUCAGUAGUAGGCUGCCCCAGGCAUAUCGCUGGCCAAGGCUUUGCCAACGAUAACGACCGUCAACGUCACCUUCAGACAGCUCACCACAUCAACUUGAAAGAGGUGUAUUUCUGCGCCUGGCAAGGAUGUAAUGUGUUCAACCCAAGAAAGGAUAACUUCACCGACCAUCUUCUACGGGUACACAAGAUUGAGAAGGGCUCUGAGCAGUGCAUACGUUUGUGUAAGGACAGUGUCAAGCCUUGGGCUUCUGUUGCCCAGGUCGACCGAGAACUUCUAAGUAUGCCAAGAGAUAAACGACGGAAUGAGAAAUCAGAGAUGUCAUCCUCGUCUGGCCAAAAGAGAAGACAGACAAGUCGACCGGUCGUGGAAGACUCUCCGACAGCCACCAAGAGAUCGAGAGUCGACAAACAGGAGCCCCCUGACGAAGCUAGUCUGGGUCCUAGCAUGCGAGCGUCGACCGAUCUGCCUAUGCCUCAUGAGGCCGCUGAGCAGACGCAGCAAGCUGGCGGCCAGUUCGAUCAGCUGAGUGUCGCAUCGUAUCCACACCUGGAGCCUAUACCCUCUAUGCAAGAGUCCCCUCUUCUGCCGUUCCCACCGCAUCUGUUUCCCGAGGAUCAGCAGCACUGGGCAGAAUCUCAGCAACCGCAUCUACAGUGGAUGGCGCCUCAUAUGGCCCAGGAUAAUCCGGCAUACUUCACAGAGCAAUACCAGAGCCUAGAACAUCACCAUCAUGGACAGCAUGCACGAGUCUCGCAAGAUGAGACCCUUGACAUGUCCCAUGCCUAUCCAGCCUUUGUGAGGAGGCAGUUCACCUCGAGUCAGGUGCCACAGAUCCGAGACUCCAUACCCUCUGGAGAGCCUGCACCAGCGGAACCUCAGAUUGAUAUUGUCUCGCAAGUCAGUCACACACUUGGCCAGCACCAGCAGCUGACGUCUUUGACAAUUCGCAGGACUUACCCUAUCGUGCCUAACUUCCCACAACAAGCCCAUUCGCUGCCAUCCAGACUCGUGGGCAGGGGUAGCCCUGCGUAUAGCGUCGUCGAAUAUGAACAAUACAGCGAGGCAGAUGUCACUGAGUCUGGUGUCGGCAAUGGGUCAUACAGGUGCCCUUUUGAAGGUUGCGGCAAAAUCUUUCCCCAACAAUCAAAGCUCAGCAAGCACACUGCUCGUCAUGAUCGACCAUUUAAGUGCAUGUGGGAUGAUUGUUGCCACAAUCGAAAUGCUCAACACCAGAAAAAUGUUAGCAACCCGGAGUCGUCGAAUGGGCUUGGCUGGUAUAGUUCAGGUAGUAAGUCUGACCUUAUGCGACACGAAGAUUCGGUCCAUGUGAAGACAGCUGAGGUUUUGGAUUGCUUUCGCUGCACGAAAUCGAACAUGCACUACAUGGAGGAUGGUCAGAUGUGUCAGCAGCUAUUCACAUCAUCAGCAGAAUCAUACGCCACCCAUCUCAGAGCUUGCAUUGCACCAGCCAUCGAUCUGGAAAACGCUGUGUGGCAGGCUUUCAUUCCCGCGAACUUCAACGGCAGAUUCUGGUGCGGCUUUUGUGAUGAUAUUGUCGACAACAAGACUCCCUCAGAUGUUGGGACGCAGUCGCUUGAGAAGCAGCAGAAGACGCGGCUGGAGGAACGGCACGGACAUAUCCGGGAUCAUUAUCGGGGCUCCAAUCCUCCACAGAUGGGAUCGUGGAAGUAUCUCAAUGCUGAAGGUCGGACGAAAUUCGAAGUCGAUCUCGAAAGGACUGCCAUGCUGCAGACUCGUGUGCAAAUGCAGCGUCGAAGUCAGGAGCAGCAGUAG